AUGAUGAAUGGCACGGAUAAUGGUAGUGGUGGCAGCAAGAAUAAAGGCAAGAGCAACAGCAACAAUCACCAUCAAAAUCACAAGAAGAACAAACGCAGUCCCUCCCAUACAAGUAUACAAACUUCGACACCCCAUGGAAACCACCACCAAAAGAAGAAAGAUUUCCAACAAAAGGGAGAUCAGCAGAAAGAGAGCCGACCAAGACGUCGCUUUGGGCCCAAAGCGCCACAGCCACGGUAUACCCCAAAGUUUGGUUCGGAGUCUGAUUUCAAUAAUCUACAGAGCACUUUCCACACUAGGAAUCUCCCUUUGAUCAGGGACUCGUCACAAGUGCCCAUUCUGAUACCGGGAAGUCCCAUGCCCUUUCAACGAGGCAAUAAUAAGUACAACAACAAAGACAAUAAGGGCAACACUCAGAGUGACCAUGGUACUCAGCAACAACGCCGUCGCCGCCGCAAAUUGCCCCUGGUCAACGCCUCGGCGCUCUUGGAUGCUUCCACGUAUUGCCAAAUUUCCAUUGUACCCAAGAAAGAUGAUGCUACUCAAAGCAAUACUAGUAUGGGUAGUGAGGCGAACCAUGACAACAAUAAGUAUUCCAGUUCCAUGAAUACUGCCAAACGCCUGUUGCGAGGCAAGAAGGAUCUCCUAGAUAUGUUGCGGGGUCACAUGAUUGGUGGAAGAACCAGUCAUCCCUUUUGUUUAGCUGGACACGGUGUGCCACCCCAGUUGUUGCAGGAUCACAUACAGUUGGCCGAUGCCAUUCUGAAACAAUACCGAGAACCCGCAGAAUGUUCCAUUUCGUCCUUAAUGACCAGUCCCAUGACAACAGUAAAUCAGCCGCCGGAACAACCACCACUCCAACAACCACAAGAUACUGUGUCCUUUCAAAUUCGACGACACGAUGGACAAAAAACUACCAAAUUCAAAACGUGGCCAUUGGAAUCUGCUCAUUCUCAGCAGCGACGACACGGCAUUUCACAAGAAUGGGCCGAUCGAUUGGCGCUCUAUCUAGCCGUCAUGGAACGCAUCACCAACAAGCUCGGAAUUGUUGUGGGAUCGCUACCCAACAACAACAGCAGCAGCAAGGAGUGGACCAUUACCAUGUACCGAGGCAUGGCCUAUCCCAUGGAACUCAUUUCGUCCAGCACAGCAGCAGCACAACAAGAUAAUGACGGCAACAACCAAACAACAGCAAAACAAAAGGGACCGGUGCCCAUUCUAGAAUGGAGUCCUCAUUCCGAUGUCAAGCAGCAGCCCCAAGUCACCAUUCGGUUGCAAGGAAUCCCAGAAGAUGCGGAUGAUGAUAAAGACGGCAACAACAAGAACAAAGAUGGCAAGAAGAAAACAACGCGGCCCAUCACAUUGGUUUACACUGCAUCCUUUCGACAGUAA